AGGAUAAUAAAACGUACACUUUUACAUUAUCAUUUCUCCUCGCCCUUGUCUUGGACUCUUGGCUGUCGCUCAAAUCCCUUGGUGUCCUACCUCUAACAUCUUCCUUAAUUUUCCAUCACGGCUUUAGCAAGUAGCAACACAGAAAACUAGAGUUGACUCCCAAUCUCGUUUCGUCAUGGAUACCAAUCCAAUUCAAGAAGAACACGACCAUGUCAACCCCACCUGGGAAAUGAGCAGUGAUCGCUUAGCUUCCAUGUACCAGAAGAUAGCAGACCCUCCACGACUCCUCAGCAACGCGGCCGGCAAAGCCUCCUGCUGCAUCUUCCGAGUCCCGCAGAGCCUCCUCGAGAUAAACGGCAAGGCUUACCAGCCCCACAUCGUCUCCAUCGGCCCCUACCACCGCGGCGAGCCCCGCCUCAGAAUGAUCGAGGAGCACAAGUGGCGCUACCUGGGCUCGCUGCUUUCAAGAACAGAGCCCAAAGGGUUGACUCUACAGCACUACUUGAAGUCCAUAGAGCCAUUGGAAGCUAGAGCCAGGGAGUGUUACUCUGAGACCAUCCAUCUCAGCACUGAUGAUUUCCUAGAAAUGAUGGUUGUUGAUGGUUGCUUCUUAAUCGAGUUGUUUCGAAAAGUUGGGCGUGUGGUUCGGUUUGAGCGUGAUGAUCCACUCAUUAAUAUGUUUUGGAUACUACCGUUUAUGGUCAGGGAUUUUCUUCGACUUGAGAACCAAAUGCCCUACUUUAUUCUUGAGCACUUGUAUGAUCUGAUAAACAAGGCCGAAGAUCGUAAAGACUCUGUGAAAUCCUUGUCCUUGCUUGCUUUGCAAUUCUUCAACAUCCAUUUGAUGAGGCCUGACCCCGUCAUAGAAAAGCUCCAUAGUCUUACGGGUAUGCAUUUGCUUGACUUGUUGCGGUCAAGUGUGAUACCAGCGGGUUAUGCAGAGCCACAAAGAAGAAACAGUACACCAACGCACAUAAUACAUUGUGUGUCUAAGCUUCGUCGCGCUGGUAUCAAGCUCAAUGUUAAGGAAUUCGAAAGCUUCUUGGUGGUCAAAUUCAAGCGUGGAGCAAUCGAGAUGCCAUCCAUCACAAUCGACGAUUUCAUGUGCGCUUUCUUGUUGAACUGCGUGGCCUAUGAGCAGUGCCACAAGUCAUGCUCGAAACACAUCACCACUUAUGCCACAUUCGUCGAUUGCCUCGUGAACAGUUACAAGGAUGUCGAGUAUUUGUGUGACAGAAACAUAAUGGAGAAUUGCUAUGGGAACGACGGGGAAAUUGCUCGUUUCAUUAACAAUAUGGGGAAGGAUGUGGCUUUUGAUUAUGAUAGGUGUUAUCUGUCGAAAUUGUUCAAUGAUGUUCAUCAGUAUUACCGGAAUAGUUGGCAUGUUCAAUGGGCUAGCUUCAAGUACAGAUACUUUGACACACCGUGGUCAUUUGUUUCGGCCUUUGCUGCUUUAAUUUUGCUCAUACUCACAGUGCUGCAAACCGUAUACUCUGCUUUAAGUUAUUAUUAUUCUUGAGAUACAGAUAUUUUUGCUGUAUAAAUAGAGUUUAUAGAGAAGUCUUCUAUGUUCUUUGACAUUUGACACUCAAUAGAAUAUACCAUUAUUUACUCUCA